CUCCCACAUCCAGCUCCUCCCCUAUCCUGCAUGCAACUGUCAAUCACUGACGAUCAGUCAGUGUGUUGUUUUGUUGAGUGGGAGAGUGGGUCAUAGAUUAGAGACAAUAGUAUCGUCAGUAGGAUUAUAUUAUGUCUAUGAAUGAUGAAGAUGGCUUGUCUUUCAGGAGGAAGCAGUUCGUUUCUGGGCGGAGCAUAUCCAUGGCAACAGUGCAAGCCCAAGUCACAUUAGCUCAGAGUCUGAGGAACUUGUUUCAAGCAGCACGUGAUCCUCAUACAGAUUCACCAGACUCAUUAUCUGUUGAGGACAUAUGGCUCCAGUCUGUCUACAAUGCUGUUGUUCUUCUAAUGGUUGGUGUGUUCGUAUGCAUACUGGUUGCUGUGUAUUUCAUACUCGAGCCAUUUCUUCAUCCUCUGUUAUGGGCAGUGAUAAUUGGAGCAUUCUUGUUCCCUUUCAAACAUACUGGGACUACGUUUAUCGAGUCGUGGCUUGACAACUUAUAUCAACACGAUGUCCCAUUGGUUGCUGGUGUGUUCGUCUCCCCAGUCUAUUUCUUACAUGAUGCAGUCAUUAAAAUCGAGAACCUCAUUUUCUAUUAUUGGAAAGUCAUGGGCCUCCUUACCCUAUCAGCUAUUUUAUUUUAUUGCGAUACAAGAUACUAUUUUCUUUAUUACACAUUGUCACUGAUCUUCAAUGCUCUUAAUCAAAUGGAUAUGAUUCUCUCUUAUACGAAACCCUUGCAGAUAUUAAUAAUCUUGACUGGUCUACCCAUAUCUUUCUGGUCUAUUAGCUACAUACAGAGGCAUGAACCACCGUUAGCCGUCCAGUUUAUAAUAGUGACUAUAUGGUAUCUGCUACUAGUGAAUAUAGCUACAGUAGUAUUAGGAGCAUUAGGAGUACCUUUUGUUACUGUCCUCUUUCUUAUUGCUGGCCUUGGUUUGUUUUUAAAAUGGAAGAAUAAGAUAAAGAUGCCUACGAAGCAAGAUGGCCGACGUAAAAGUGUAUUUGUUGAUGCUUACGAUAUGAUACAAGAGAGUAUAGUUCAUCGUAUGCAACGAGACUCGUUUGAUUGUGAAAAAGAAGAACAGCCCAAAGGGGUUACAGUUCUUACAAGUGAUGAUGAUGAUGAUAAUGAUGAUGGUAGAGAACUCAAGAGAAAAUCUACAGUUCGCUUCAAGUCACAGAGUUUCGAUCCUUCGGAUAGUUUACUAGGAGAAGAUGAAGGAGCAUCACAAAAGAAAUCUUCUUCAUUUGAUUCAUGGUCUAAUCCAUCCAUUAAUAGCGGGUUGAUGGAACAGAUACCAGAAGGACAUAUCAAAGGCCAAACUAAUGCUAGUAAUAGUAUUUUCUUGGUUCUCAUAACACUAUGUAUGCUCCUCAUUAUUUUGCAUCAUCCUUGGCUACUGUUGCUAAUGACUCCAUUGGUUGUUGUAUGGUGUGUGAAGAAGUUGGCACAACUUGCAUCAAUAGAAUACUUGUGCCAAGUUGGCUCUACAUAUUGGACAAUUUUUAAAAACUGGUGCUUUACACAUCAAGAAAAAUUGUUCCCAGAGCCCGUUCCAACAUUACUGCAGCUAUGUAAAGACAUUGAUGGUUUGGCUCUUCUCUUUUUAAAGAAGACAGCUGGUUCUUUUGUUAGUGCUCUCAUAAUUAUUGGCUUAUUGUUAGGAUCAGUUGCUCUGUCGGCAUUUCUCAUCUUUCAAAUACAACUUGAGAUAACUCAUUCAGUUGGUUUAGCUACUCAAGUAUUGAACACUUCAAUUGAGCAAAGCCCAUUCAUCCGCAGUCUUCUAGGACAAGGUGAAGUUGUCCAUACUCACUUGGAACAGUUUGCAGACAAAGGCUUUCAUUAUGGGAGGGAGUAUCUGGCAAGCAAAAUACAUGGGUUGGUAGCUGAUCCAGCAACGGAAGAGAGUAUUUUAAAACUUUAUGACAAAAUGUAUCAUGUGUAUGUGUUUCAGAAUUCGACAGAUAAGGAUUCUGUGAUCCAGUCCAUGAGAGACGAUAGCAUUGUUGUAGAUGAUGCGCGUAUUUUUAAUCAGGUCAAAAAUUUUGUUUCUGAGAAUAUAGAAACCAUCCUAUCAAUAUUGAAAUCACUGUGGUCCUUGCUCUCUGCCAAUGUCACUGUUGGUCUAACGUUAAUGACAUCACUAAUGUCAGUGGUUUUUAGUGGUGGGACGUUACUUUUAAACUUUGUUAUAUUCAUAACCACGUUAUUUUAUUUGUUGUGCUAUUCGGAGGAUCAGUAUUUGCCCAUCAGUUGGGUCCUUAGUACUCUCCCUAGUUUUGUGACUGCCUCUGAUAGCAAUAAUUAUGCUGACAUCUUUACACGGGUCAUUCAAAGCGUGCUUUAUGCUAGUUUAAGACGUGCUUGCUUUUACGGCCUGUAUACAUGGCUGAUUCUCUCCAUCUUUGGUAUCGAUAUAAUCUUCCUACCAUCAGUUUUUGCUGCACUGGCUGGUGCUGUUCCAUUUGUUGGUCCAUACUGGGUUGGGCUGGUUGCUGUACUGAAGCUAUGGCUUGUGGAGGAAUCAAUACUACAGGCAUUGAUUGCCUUGGGGCUCUUCCUGUUUCCUCCAUUUAUGGUCGACUCACUCAUCAACAGUCAGAUAGAAGGGAGCCAUCCCUUCUUGACUGGGCUAGCUAUUGCUGGUGGGGUAUAUUUUGCUGGUCUGGAAGGAGCAAUAUUUGGGCCCAUUCUCCUUUGUUGUCUCUUGUUUGUGGUCAAUUUAGUAACGGAACGUUUAUAACUUUGAACAAUAAUACAAAAUAAUAAUUAUUAGAACAAAAAUUUUAAUUACCAUUAUGAAUUAUGACAGACAUUCAAGUGAUUAAGAGC